CUGUGGACCCUGUGGACCUAACCAAACUUAGUCUCAUUGGCGGGGUAGUAGUGAUUAAUUAGUCUUUAAUUUGUGGUAAAUAGUCUUUAGGGCAGUGAAAAUGAUAACCCCACGUUUUCACCUGUCUCAAGAUGAAAAUUCUGUAACGAUUAGUAUUCGAGCCCCAUAUUGCAGCUUGAGUCAGCUGGAAAUCGAUGUAGAUGAAGAGGUAUUUCUUUUUUCAUCUAAGCCAUACUAUUUGAGAUUAACGUUGCCUGGAAAAAUUGUUGAAGAUGAAAGAUCAAAAAGCUCUUUCGAUACAGAUUCCGGCGAGUUUCUCUUUACAUAUCAUAAAGAACAACCUGGGGAAUAUUUUAAGGAUCUGGAACUUAUUACCAAACUUCUUACCGUGAAAGUUGACGCUCAUUGUGAAAAAGGAACAAUUCCCAUUGAAGUGAUAUCAGAGCAUGAUACUGAACCAGGAGAAAGUAUAGUGAGCAAUCCGGAGUUUGGGUACGGAUUUGCAUUAAGAAAUUCUAACGACUUUAUGAAAGUUAGCUCUGCAUUUGAUGAUAUUUUUGAAGUAAAUCCCUGUGAAGUAUCUUUAAAAGAGCGACGUAAGCUAAGAAUACAGUAUGAGCAAGGGAAAUUUAAUAUGGAUCACUAUAUGGCCGAUUUUAUUGACAAUGACCAAAUUUGCGAAGUAAUUUCACAAAAGUUCUCCCUUGGCGAAAAGCAAGACUCAAGUUUUAGUUUUACUGAAAUGGAACUGGAUUUUCUUAAAGAUCUUCCAAAUAAACAAUACAAUUUAAGCAUGGAACAAAUAGCCUACUGCCAAAAUGGUCUGAUUGACUUAUUGUUUGCAUAUUGCUAUGACCAGCGAAUCACAGAAUUUGAGGGCAAUAGUGAGUCUAGUUGGGAUAUUAAUAAGUUAGCUGCCACGUUGUGCUGGUUUGAGGGUUUUGCUAAACCCAAAGCUGCCAUAAUUUCUGCAUUUAGACGAUCUUUAAUAUACCCGCUUUACCGGCACUUUGAAUUAUCUCAAACUGUCUUUAACGAUCUCAAAACUUUAAUUAGUUCAAAUAUUAAAGAAAUUGUGCGAGUACUAAUCAAGAUUUACAACAUCUUCCUACAUGGAGACCGUUAUAUUAUCAAUCAAAUCUUUAUUAAAGACUAUAUCAUCUAUGUGAUGAAAUGGGACUCAGACUUGUGGAAUAAGACAGUGCAAGAAGUCACUACUUUAAAAGUUGCCAAAGUAGAUCUAGGAUUAAAUUUGAUGGAAAUAGAAGAUGGCUUCAUCCCACAUUGUGAAUUUGCAGCCUUAACAAUAAAUGAUGAUUCUGAUCACGAUGCCUCGGAUAGCGAUGAUUAUUCAUCAUCUGACGGUAGCACCGAUGAUUCUUCGAGUUCCGACGAUUCUAGCGAAUGUGAGUCUUGCUGUGGUGAGACAAUUGAUGGUAAACAUUUAAUACCGCAUUAAUUUUAAGACGAAACGUUUGUUGUUUGAUCUCAAUAAUACACUAAUUCAUAUGCAUAUAGCUUUAUUCUUUAUUUCAAAAAGGUCGUUUUGUUCAAUAACUUGAUCCAAAUGCUUUUGUUGGUUGCAGAAAGUUGAUCAGAAUUGAAAAUUAACUAAAGAAGCAAUUAAAUCCAUUUCAGAACAUGUUCACAUGAUUUACACGUUUUUCAAGAUGUAUCCCUACAUUUCUCUAUGCUAGAUGAUUUUUUAUUUUGCUCACUUCAAUACUAAAACUGUUAUAUCUUUUGUUGAUUAAAAACGUGAAAACCUUCCACUUUCGGAAUAACCAAAUUUGGAAUUUAUACACGUUAACGAACGCUAGAGAUAAUUAUCGAAAAUCUUAAAAUUCAAUGUUGAGGGAAUUAUAGAUGGAAAUCAUCAUUGAAAGUAGUUUUCAGUUCUGAUCAACUUCUCGAUUAUAUAACAAUUUUCGAUUUUGCCAUAAGAGAUAUUUUUUGUAAAGAAGUCCUUUUGCAAAUUAACAGUUAAAAACGUUUUCUAUUUGACUACAGGUUAAGAACACACUUUCUAUCUAGAGUCUUCUGCAUAUAGCGUUCACACUUUUUAAUUUAGUGUAUCUUUACUGUUGUAUAUAGAUGUACAGUGGUCCCAAAUCCAAGAUGGAGCAAACCGCAAAUGCGCGAAAUACACACGUGAGCAGUAAUAAUUGCCAGAACCUCACAAAGCAAUCCAUUAUUUCGUAAAAUAAUCAUGCUAUAUAGAAAUAAUAUAUACAUUCAUAAUUGAACAGUAACAUGCAGCUAAAAUCAGAGACUAUAGAUAGAUGAUAUUAUCAAUUAAUAAAUCACCAUUUUGUUGUUGAUCGGCAAAUCGUAAAUGUACUUUUACACGAAGACGCACUUUAAAUUUAUUUGGCUUGCUCCCUCUUGGAUUUAGAACGGCGGCAGGUUAAUUAUUAGUCUAAAUACUGGUGUUACCUUUUACAUAUAUUUUACGAAUACUAAAAAAUUUAUGGAUACAUGUUAUUACUUAAAUGUUAUUUCUUGUGCAUUUUAGGACAAGACGAAUUUGAUUCUCGCGCGCUUGGCCCAAAAAUAUAGCAAGCCACUAAAUUAUACUCGUUUUUUGUCAGUUAACUAUAUUUCUUGGCUAUCACAGUAUUAGAUAACUACUGAUGUAGAGAGCGUAUUAUCAAUAAUAAAACUUCUUCAUGAAAUA